CCGAGCGCGGGCGGAGCGCGGGGGUGUUCCAGCGGCCCCAGGCGGCGGCCGCCCCGCCAGCCGCCCGGCCACCUGCCCGGGCGCCCGAGUGGGGACGGGAGCGCGGCUGGCCUGCGCCCGCGGUGACCUGGGCGCGCUCGCGGCCCGAGCCGCCCAAGGACCCAGCCGGCGUGUCCCCAGCCGCCGAGGCUGAGUUGACUGCGCGCGAAACUUUUACACACGCGCCUAAGCGCGGCAGCCGGGAGCUGACCGUCCCUGCCGCCCCGCCGGGACCCAGCGCCCGUGGGGAUCCGAGGCGGGGAGAGGCCCACGGCCCCCCCCACGCCCUCCUUUGGGGCACGGCCGGGCGGGGCCGGGCCCCGGGCGAUGGCCGCGGAGCUGGCGAUGGGCGCCGAGCUGCCCAGUAGCCCGCUGGCCAUCGAGUACGUCAACGACUUCGACCUGAUGAAGUUCGAGGUGAAGAAGGAACCGCCCGAGGCCGAGCGUUUCUGCCACCGCCUGCCUCCCGGCUCCUUGUCCUCGACGCCGCUCAGCACGCCCUGCUCCUCCGUGCCCUCCUCGCCCAGCUUCUGCGCACCCAGCCCGGGCGCCGGGGGCGGCGGCGGCGCAGCGGGCAGCGGCAACGCAGCGCAGGCCGGGGGCGCCCCGGGCGCGGCGAGCGCGGGUCCCGGCGCCGUCGGGGGCGCCUCGGGGAAGCCGGCGCUGGAGGAUCUGUACUGGAUGAGCGGCUACCAGCACCACCUGAACCCCGAGGCGCUCAGCCUGACGCCCGAGGACGCGGUGGAGGCGCUCAUCGGCAGCGGCCAGCACGCCGGGCACCACGGCGCGCACCACCCGGCAGCCGCGGCGGCCUACGAGGCCUUCCGGGGCCAGGGCUUCGCGAGCGGCGGCGGCGGCGGCGCGGGGGACGUGGGCGCCGGCCACCCCCACGGCGCGCACCACGGCGCCCACCACCACGCGGCCCACCACCACCACCACCACCACCACCACCACCACCACGGCGGCGCGGGCCACCACGUGCGCCUGGAGGAGCGCUUCUCCGACGACCAGCUGGUGUCCAUGUCGGUGCGCGAGCUGAACCGGCAGCUGCGCGGCGUCAGCAAGGAGGAGGUGAUCCGGCUGAAGCAGAAGCGGCGCACCCUCAAGAACCGCGGCUACGCGCAGUCGUGCCGCUUCAAGCGCGUGCAGCAGCGGCACAUCCUGGAGAGCGAGAAGUGCCAGCUGCAGGGCCAGGUGGAGCAGCUGCAGCUGGAGGUGGGGCGCCUGGCCAAGGAGCGGGACCUGUACAAGGAGAAGUACGAGAAGCUGGCGGGCCGCGGCGGCUCCGGGGGCGCGGGCGGGCCCGGCUUCCCGCGGGCGUCCUCGCCGCCGCAGGCCGGGCCCGGCGGGGCCAAGGGCGCGCCCGACUUCUUCCUGUGACUCGGGCCGGAGCCCGCGCCGCCGCCGCCGGGAGAGGCUCAGACCCCGCGGGCCGGGACUAGGACGCGAGGCCGCCCGGAGUCAGCGCCGCCGCUGCGGGCCAGUCCCGGGCACCCGUCCAGGUCCGAGGGCGGCAGACCCGGGGCCCUCCCCGCGGCGGCCCCCUCGCCCCGCGCA